GGCCCGGCCUGGGGGCGUGGCCUUAGCGCUUCCAGGGGCGGGGCCUGUGGCGGGGCGGGGCCUUCUCGAACCACGCCACGCCCUGCCCGAGGCCUGGUCACUUCACCCACACGGCGCUCGGCAGCUGCGGUUGUACCAGCCCUUCGGAGGCGAUCCAGAGCCAAGAUGGCCGUCCUCUCCAAGGAGUACGGGUUCGUGGUCCUGACCGGGGCCGCCAGCUUCAUCAUGGUAGCGCAUCUCGCCAUCAACGUCUCCAAGGCCCGCAAGAAGUACAAGGUGGAGUAUCCCACCAUGUACAGCACGGACCCUGAAAACGGGCACCUCUUCAACUGCAUCCAGCGAGCCCACCAGAACACGUUGGAAGUGUACCCUCCCUUCUUAUUUUUCCUCGCGGUGGGCGGUGUGUACCACCCGCGAGUCGUUUCGGGCUUGGGCUUGGCCUGGAUCGUGGGACGAGUGCUCUAUGCCUAUGGCUACUACACAGGAGAGCCCAGCAAGCGGAGCCGGGGGGCCCUGGGCUCCGUCGCCCUCCUCGGCCUGAUGGGCACCACCGUGUGCUCCGCCUUCCAGCACCUCGGGUGGGUUAAACCCGGCUUGGGCGGCGGGUCCAAGUGCUGCCAUUAAGGGUGGGCAGGGUGUUAAAAACCCCCAUUCAUUUUGAAUGACUUACUUUUAUUUCCAGUUACUUUUUUUUUUCUAAAUAUAAUAAAAUUUAUCUGGCACCAGCCUCCUAAGUAA